AAGAUUCCAAGCAAUGAACACCCAUUUACAGUUUCUUACCUUAUAAAUUCUUGUGGGUUCUCUCCAGAAUCCGCUUUAUCAGUUUCCAAAACAAUACACUUUGAAUCCUCCGAAAGGCCUGACUCUGUUAUCAGCUUCUUCAAGAACCAUGGCUUCUCACAAUCCCAAAUCAGAAACCUCAUUAGGAGAAGACCCAGAUUGCUUUUUGACAAAUCCUGAUAAAUCCCUUGUGCCUAAAUUCCAAUUCUUUUUCUCUAAAAGUAUUUCACGUUCUGAGCUUAAAAGGGUCUUAUCUUCAAAUCCCCAUGCUUUAGAAUAUGAUUUAGAUAACAGAAUUGUCCCCGGUUUCAACUUCUUUAAGGAUUUGACUCAAUGUAGUGAUUAUAAUGUUUUUCUAGCUUACAAGAAUUGCUCAAGCAUUCUUACACUCAAUUUAGAGUCCAUCUUGGCUCGUAACAUCGCGGUUUUGCGAGAGAAAGGGGUGCCUGAAUCGAUCCUUGUGAAUAAACUUAUUGUUCACCCAAGAAUCUUUGCUGUGAAUCCUGAAAAAUUCCGAAGAACAGCUGAAGAAGUUGAGAAAUUGGGUUUUGAUCCCUUAAAGCAAUAUUUCCUUAUAGCACUUCAAGCUUUUAUACAGAUUAGCAAAUCGACAUGGGAAAGGAAAUUUAAUGUUUUUAAGCAAUGGGGAUGGUCUGAUGAAGAUAUUAUUUCUGCUUUUGGGAAGUAUCCUAGGUGUAUGAUCUUUUCCGAGCAUAAGAUCUCCGCGAUUAUGGAUUUCUUUGUCAACGAAAUGAGCUUGAAAUCUUCUUAUAUUGCAGACCAUCCAGUUGUCCUUUCCUAUAGCUUGGAGAGGAGAAUUAUUCCUAGGUGUUCGGUUCUUAAGGCUCUGUUAUCCAGAGGUCUGAUCAAGAAAUACUCCGUUUGUUCUUUGUUGCUGUAUACUGAAAAACAGUUCCUCCAGAGAUUUGUGACCCCUUUUCAGGAUCCUUAUUUUUUGAAGUUAUAUGAGGAGAAGCAAGCUCUUUCACAUUAGAUACCAUGAUCGUAGAUGCUAAAACCGAACAAAUGCGACUGUCCAUCAUGUUUUUAGGUAAGUUUUGGUAUUCUUUGUUUAGAAUUGUUAUAUGACCAGUGAAACUUUUUUCAGCUAUUAAUCAUUCAGUAAACUGA